GUGGAAGGACAGGCAGCAUGUCCGCCUUGUUAACUUACUGGGUUAAUAUGUCUGCGUCCUGUGUUUGACCCGAUAGCAGGUUAGAGAAACGCCGAUUUGAUUCUCCUGCAGCUUCCUGCCAAUGCCCCUACUUUUAUUGGCCGUGGUGGUGUUAUUCGUUAGUGUCAAAGUUUACAAGGGCAUAGAAUCAUCGGACGCCACUGGGCACCGUGCUCCAUGCCUAGGGUGGUAAUCAGGACCUGGAGGACUUUCAUCCGCGAUGGCAAACACCUUUCUGUUAGGCUGCCGUAUAUAGCUGCUUUUUCAAUGGCAGCAGCUUUGGCAGUGUUACCGACUUUGGCUGGCGUGAGGUUUUCAAUUCCAAACAAGUCUGCACACGCAUUUACAUACACCAUAAAUGUCAGUCUGAUGCCCGAUACCUCAGGGAGUAAGGAUGCAGCAGAAACGCAACAUCCAGAUCAUCGAGUGGGAGGACUUGGACAAGAAGAAGUUCUACUCCUUCGGUGUGUUUAUGACCAUGACCAUCCGGGCCACCGUGUACCCGGCCACACUCAUCCGCACGCGGCUUCAGGUGCAGAAGGGGAAGUCCCUCUACAAUGGCACGUUUGAUGCCUUUUUUAAGAUUCUACGCGCAGAGGGCGUGCGCGGACUCUACCGUGGCUUCAUGGUCAACACCUUCACGCUGAUCUCAGGCCAGGCUUACAUCACCACCUACGAACUGGUUCGGAAGUACGUAUCCAGCUACUCCACCAACAACACCCUCAAGUCGUUGGUGGCAGGUGGAUCUGCUUCCCUGGUGGCUCAGAGCAUCACAGUCCCCAUCGACGUGGUCUCCCAGCAGCUCAUGAUGCAAGGCCAAGGCGCCCACCUCACUCGCUUCAGGGUCAAGCCCAAGAUGGCCGUGGCGGCCAGGAAGCACCGUGUUACCUUUGGGCAGACUAGGGACAUCAUUGUUCAGAUCUUCGCUGCCGACGGCUUCCGGGGGUUUUACCGAGGCUAUGUCGCAUCUCUCCUUACAUACAUCCCCAACAGUGCUGUCUGGUGGCCGUUCUACCACUUCUACGCAGAACAGCUCUCCAAACUGGCACCCAGCGAAUGCCCCCACCUGGUGCUACAGGCCAUGGCUGGGCCUCUGGCGGCUGCUACUGCCUCUACGGUUACCAACCCUAUGGACGUGGUCAGGGCCAGAGUGCAGGUGGAGGGUCGCACCUCAGUCAUCGAGACCUUCAAGCAGCUACUGGCUGAAGAGGGUCUCCUGGGAAUGACCAAAGGCCUGUCAGCCCGAAUAAUUUCUUCGACGCCCACGGCCAUCGUCAUGGUGGUGGGUUACGAGACCUUGAAGAAAUUGAGUCUUCGGCCAGAACUGGUGGACUCAAGGCACUGGUAGAGAGAACUGUGACCCAAUGCUACGUCCUUGGCUCUACUCAGCCUGUUGUCCUUUUAAAACUCUGUUGCCUUGUGACAUUUUAACGUGACACUGAGGUGGAGGGGGUGUGUUUUAUCCUUGUUUGGUGGGGAAUUUCUUCACAAUCAUUUUCUGAAUUGUUUUAGCAAGAUUUCCUCUGAGGAUUUUUUUUUAUGCAUCAGUAAAAUAAUUUGAUGUCAAUUUCAGUCACUAAUAGAAAUUCUUCAGCAGGUGUAUAUAUUAAUUAGUGGAAUUUAGAUCUAAAAAUAUGCACAGUAAUUGAUUAGUAGAUGCUCUGGUGAGGUGGCAUCCUUUCAUAUGGAAAGGAGAUCUUGGACGGUUGAGAUUGUAGGUGGCUUGAGGUUCUAAGGGAAGUUAGUGACUGAGAUACAGGACUUCUCGUCUGUCAUGGUUCCCAAAUCUGCUCUGCUAAAUGAAAUCUGAUUUGUAUCAAAUUGUUAGGAAUUUUGUUUUGAUGAAAUCUUGCCCUGUCGACAAGCCUUCACCAUUGUGACACAAAGCAGCAGCUUGGGAGAUGGGACAGGGGACACUGUUGCCAAAAGGUUGGCAUUCCUGGGGCUGGUGUGGAUCCAGCCUCUUGCUUUUUGCACAAGCAGUAUUUCAUUGGGCUGUCUUCUGUGUUAGGAGUGAGGAAAGGUGACACCCUCUAGUGGAGGUUGAGGGUGUGGCAUUUCUGAGCUAUUACUCAGUCUGCUAAGCAUUGCAAUGGAGAAAAUGUUUUUUGGCCAAAGGGAAAUUAUGCUCUCCUGGAAAGACUGCAAAUAAAUACAUGUGCGAUGAAAUGGAUACAUAUAGCAGUGUUGGGUAUGUACUACCCCCCCCCCACCAGCUCACUACCUGUAUCUUUGGGUGCAUCACUCCAAGCAGCUGAACCCAGCCUAAUAGCAUUUCUUCCGGAAUUUCCCCUUAUGCAUUCCUCCAACAUUUAACACUUGACUGGGUUUUCAGAUCCAGUGUUAAUCCCACUGACACGACACAACCCCAAAAGAUUUAUUACAUGCAAGUAUCUUUCUCGAGUUUACUCCUGAAUGUAGUUGCAGCCUGUGGAAGUUAAACACCCAGGACUCUUCCCUGAGUCUGCUUGGUCCAAAUACUAAUUACCAAGGGAUAGCAUCUGUGUUUUGAUUCAGAAAGUGAGGUGUAAAGACUAUGUAACUACUAAAUAUUAAACUUUCUAUAUUGUUGGGUAGUAGUUUUUCUUGCUGCAUCUCUGAAGUCCAGGUGUGAUGGAAGGCAGUCACUUAAGGAUCCACAGCCCACAAGCCAGAGUCAAGUUAGGUGGGGUUUCAAAGAACAAACACCAUGGAUAUGUUGGUCUUCAGAUCUUUCAUCUGAGAAACCCUGACUUUCCGGAGAUCGCAGGCACGUGGUGUAAAAGCCGAGUGUGAGAUUCGGUCUCUCAGUGUGCAGUACUGAAUCUAUCGUGGGAGUGCCCUCUGUUUGGCUGCGACCUCCUGAUUGGACGGCAUUCUGGCUCACCCCCAAGCAUCAACACACGGCUCCGGCCCAGCACUCUACAUACUUAAACAUGUCCACUUCACUUUCCUCUUCCCACCCCCUCCACCCCUCCCCAGAGUACAGUACCCAUCACUGAUGUCACUAUGUGCUUCUAUCAGUAUUUGGCAACAUGCUGGUUUAAUUUUUCCACGUAGUGACAGUAUUCACCCUGUAGAGGGCACACAAUGUAACGUAAACCCCUUUAAAUUUCUUCCUUCUCCUCUGUUACUAACCACCACAAGUACUGCUGACACCCUCUGAUUCCGCUUUGUUUCCGUUGUCGUCUAGCCUACAUUCUGUAUGUACACUUAUUUACAUUAUUUUGGUAAGUGUAGAUUACAGGGACACGCUUUUCAUUUCUACAGUGAACCAUAUUUGUAUAAUAAGGUUACAUUUGCCGUGAAACUGUACACAAUUUUCCAAGAUGCAAUGUUACUUUAUUCUAAUAAAGGUGUAGAUAUUGA